AUUCUUUCUCUCUAAUUCAAAAUUUUGAAUUAAAGUAAAAUUUCAUAUUCACUGCCUUUUUAUAAAAAAAGGAGAUAAAAAAAUCCUAGCUCUCUUACUCUCUCUUCUCCCAGGCGAUCUCAAUGGAAGUUUAGCCCCCCAUGAUUGCGCCUGCUUUACCCCAAACGAUCUAGAUACACAAACAUAUGUGACACUAUUCAAAUCAACUCAUUUCACAUCUGGGAAGGAAUUUCAAUUAUAAUCUGUUGAUAUAAUCAAUAGUGAACCUAUUAUUGUAUUUGAACCAUCUGAUAUUAUAUUCAAGGUUAUAUUAAAGAAGAAAAUUUGCAAUAUUCUCUUGCUGCAAAGUUUUCCCGUGGGAGGCCAUCGAAAAUAAUCCUAAGGGGUAAGACGAUAACCCUUGAAGUUGAAUCCAGCGAUACCAUCGACAACGUCAAGGCUAAGAUUUAGGACAACGAAGAUUAAAGAAUAGAAAUGAUCCCCAAAUUAUGAAGAAUUUGUGGCAAAAACAUUCUAAGGACAAGAAAAAAGAAAGUGGUUCUAACAAAAAGGGAUCCAACAGUCCUGAAAGUAAAGAUCCUGCCAAGAGAAAAAAAAUUGUCGAAGCAAUUUCCAGAAAUGAACUUUCCAAGGAAAAAGUACAAGAACAAGAAUUUUCCAAGCAAGAGAUACACUAUCACAGAUUGCUUUUUCACGGUGUACAUCGAUAAGGCAUAUGUGAAUUACUAUGAUGCUGACAUUGGCAAUGAGCUUCCCACACAAGAUGCAUCUUCAAAGACUGAUGAGGUUGCUGAUAUGGAGAUGACAUUGAUUAACACCAUCACGGAAUUCAGUCCACGCGCAGGUCAGCCUUGGCAUUUGGUUGAUGAGGUUUUUGUCCCAAUUAACUGUGAUGGUGUCUUUCACUGGAUAUUGAAAGUCAUUGCAUUAAAGGAUCGAUGCAUUCGUGUGUAUGAUUCAAUGGCCUCUUCACAAAAACAUUGUUAAUGAUAUAAACUUUGAUGAUGUUAGUAGUGUUUAGACAAGUAUAUAUUAAGUUUUUUUAAUGAAUAAUUACUUCUAUUUGCAUUAAUAUUCUAACGCAAUGCUAAAUAACAUAAAGAAAUAUUUAUGUUAUCGAUAUGAUAUUUUUUCCACGAAAUAUAUAGACAUUGUAUUGGCUACA